CAAAUGUGAAGACUUUGUUAUUUUGUUUCAAAGACGGAAAUGUUGUGAUUUGCUUCACCACUGACAAGCCUGUGUUGUGGCGUUUCUCUGUACUCUUGAUGCUGUGCUGCAUGAUCAAACAGAUCUACAGAUCUAGACAUACAGGAUGAACUGAGGUAGGACGUGACCGGCUCACUCUUUCCUCCAGAGCACAAUGUCACAGCACAGAGGAAUCUGGAGGAGGCAGGUGCACCUGUUUACCCUCCCUUACCUUCUUCUCCUGGCUUCACCGUGCGUGGGUUUCCUCCCUGACUUUUGGUCUAGAGUGCUGACUCUGUCCUGGGACUCACACACUCACCAGUACAUUACAGAGCGGGCCAUUCUAAAUGUUACCCUGGAGACUCUGAGCGGACUAAAAAAACACCAUGGAAACCAUGAUAAAGAGGAGAGCAGACUGGGCCGUGGAUUUUGGAGAGCUGUGGGAGAGGUGGUGAAAUCCAAUGCAGCCACGGACUUCCGGAGCUCCACAAGGUCUGACCCAGUUUACCACUUUGAUUCAGAGCAUAUUGAAAGUGCCACAGUCAUGCUACGACGGUUCUGGACCCACACUGUGCUCUCAGUGCGGGCCAAAGAGUAUCAAAGUGCCCGUCAUAGCCUGGGUCAGCUAUUUCAUUCACUGCAGGACUUCUACAGCCACAGUAACUGGGUGGAGAUGGGCCAGAGUUCUAUUUACCUCCACCUGCUUCAGCCAGAGGAGCCAGCCGUGCCUGUAGCUAAAGAAGACACACCUACCUGUAUGGAGUGCUUCAGCACCACCUGUCGAAACAACCUUCUGCCAAGACUGAAAACUACACAGGAAAACUCUCAGCUGCUCACCACUGGAUAUUUCAGCACUUUUCCUCCAAAACCUCAGGGCAAAUGCAGUCAUGGAGGUAUUCUAGACAGCAGCCGUUACUUGGGUGCCAAAGGGGGCAUCAACAAGGACAGCACCUCACCUCUCUUCUCUCCUCAUCAUUACCUCCAUCUCAAAGCUGCCACUUUGGCUACUGAGGCCACCCUGACUGUGCUGAGAGACCUCAGAGACUCUGUGGGCCACAGAAACUUUCUCAAACUCUUUAGUGUGAAGCAAGUUCCUGCACUGGUUUUUGUCAUGGACACCACAGGCAGCAUGUUUGAGGAGAUCCACGCUGCUCGUCUUCGGGCUCAAUCCAUCAUACAGAGCCGAGCUAACAGCCCAGGGCAACUUGGCACCUUCGUGCUUGUCCCCUUCCACGAUCCAGGAGUAGGACCAGCGUAUGAGACUGAUGAUCCAGGCCAGUUCAUGCAGCACAUGGAGGAGCUGAUGGCUCUUGGAGGAGGAGAUGAACCAGAGAUGUGCCUCUCUGCAAUUCAGCUGGCACUCACUCACAGUCCACCUCUGUCUGAGAUCUUCGUGUUCACUGACGCUUCCCCUAAAGACGCCCAUUUAUUCGAUGUGGUGAAGGCCCUCUCCCUUGAGAAACAGAGCAAGGUGACUUUUCUCCUUACUGAAGAUCCCAACUACACCAAAGAGAGCCGAGGCAGGUUAAUGAGGAGGAAGAGGAGAAGCAGAGAACCUUUAUCUCCUGAUCGUUUUAAUCUCUACUCUUCACUGUCCUCCCUGUCAGGAGGAUUAACAAUAUUCACCACCAACUCUGACAUACACAGGGUCUCCACAAUAGUGGAGGACAACACAGCAGCUGACAAGGUGACCCUCCUCCAUGUGGAAAGUCACAAAGACCUGAUGUCCGUUCAUACAUUUAGAGUUGAUAGCUCGGUAAAAAGUGUUACCCUACAUGUCUCUGGCACUAUGACGGAGUGUAUUCUUACCAGUCCAUCAGACCAAAGUCAGUCUCUGUUGAAUGAAGAAGGUCCCCUAGCAGUGAUACAGCAAUUUCAGGGACUGUACCGCAUCAGUCUGUUUCCUCCUUUACAGCCUGGCCAAUGGAAACUGCAAGCCAAGAGCGAUGGGCAUCUUACGUUCAAUGUCAUAGGUGACAGUGGUGUAGACUUCCUGUAUUAUUUUGCAAUUGUAACCAAUGAGACACACCCGGGUCUGGCCAGAGUUGAUGGUAAUCCCACAGCAGGUGUUCCUGCCUUUCUGGUGGUGGUUGUUACAGGCCUGGGUUCAGAUAUAGAGGCAGUUAAAGUUAAAGAGGCAUCUUUUAGUCAUGCAACACUGUUGGGGGCUGAAGGAGAGAGUCUUCAGCAGGUGAAGCUCAACUCCUCAUCUUCAUCUAUCUAUUCCUUGGAGGAGCUGGUGGGCUUGGUGGACCCUGUUCCCAGAGUUCCCUUCUGCAUUAGACUUUCAGGACAGGACAGCAGAGGAAACAAACUGGAGAGGGUUUCCACAGAGAUGGUGGAGCCCACUCACAUUCAGAUACAGGUGCUUUCUCUUCCUGACCUCGUGCCUGGUCAGAGUGCAGUGGUGAACUUUGAGAUCCAAAACCAUGGUGCAGCACGGAACUUCAGUUUGACAGCCGAUGAUGACUGUGGAUAUCUUCAUAUGACAGGGCCACACAGCUUUCCUGUAGCAGAACAAAGGUCUUUUCGUGACCAGGUGUCCCUCCACACUCCUGCCACAGCUCAGGCAGGGGUGACAGUCACCCUUACACUGACUGUAAAUGAUCUUCAUUCUGCUGACUCAAAUUAUGCAGUGGCCUACUUGACCGUGGUCCCUCAGGAUUCAGACACGUCCCCACCAUCCUGCUCUGCAGCACGAGUCCAAUCUAACUGUUCUGCAAUUUGCAACGCGACUAGCUGGAGUGUGUCUCUGUCUGUAUCAGAUAUCGGACACUCUGGCCUUGAUGCUCUGCAGCUACAGGAGGGUGAAGGUAUUCUGACUUUGUUCCACAGUACCCCAACCUCAGAGGACAGCCUUGGAGAGCCUGGCCUUGAGCUGCAACAGACAAAGAGGGAUAAAUCAACAAAUGGAGACUACCACCACCACCAAGAGCAACACAAACAAAAGGCCAGAUUAGAGACAGGAGGCCCCCCUUUCAAUAUUUCUGAAUGGUCGCUAGAUGUAUCUCAGCCACUGUUUGUGAGGUACACAUCCAGCUGCUGCUCUACUCAGGCAGAGAUGCUGGUUUGGGACAAAGCAGGAAACAUGAAACGCUGCCAUCUAACACCUGGUCAGAAGAGGCAGCUACAAAACAAGAGUACAGAAACCAGUGGGACUGGACAGAAAAUGCCCACAGGCUUCUUUUUCUUGCUGUUAGGCCUGCUGUGCUUUCCUCUGCUUUAGCCGUGUGAUUACAAAUGUUUUGCUGGUCAAAAUGAUCUGUGGAUCACUUGGUACAAAGCUUGUUCUCUGUAUUUUCAAGGGCAAAAUCUGAAAAACCAAUAAAAAUUUUUUUCGUAUUGAUAUUAAAAAAAUGCAAAUUU